UCAAGUAGAUUUUUGGCUUGGUCAUCAAGUUCCUGAAUCAAAGUCAACAGCGGUGUACCCAAAACAAAAAUCUUUCUAAAAAUAUAUAUCACCCAAAAAAUCCCUUUGAUUCAUACUUUUCAUUUUUCAAAGCCCUAAUUUGAUUCACCCAACUCCUGCUUUACUUUCUGACUUUCUGUAUCUGAAUUAAUCGCACUCGCUCAAGGUUCUUCCUUCUUCGUCGUAUUCACAGGAUACUUGCUUUGAAGCCAUUUUCCAUACAUCUCCUUCUCAUUUACCAUGGCCACAAGGCUAAGGUUCGAAAACUCAUGUGAAAUUGGGGUAUUCACAAAGCUCACAAAUGCAUACUGUUUGGUAGCAAAUGAAGGCUCUGAAAGUUUCUAUAGCAUCUUUGAGUCUGAAUUAGCUGAUGUCAUUCCUGUUGUUAAAACAUCCAUUGGUGGCACAAGAAUAGUUGGAAGGCUUUGCAUAGGAAAUAAAAAAGGCCUUCUCUUGCCUCAUACCACUACCGAUGAAGAGCUUCAACACUUGAGGAACAGCCUACCUGAUGCAGUUGUUGUUAAACGGAUUAAUGAGAAAUUAUCCGCUCUUGGUAACUGCAUGGCGUGUAAUGACCAUGUUGCCCUUACCCAUACUGAUCUUGACAAGGAAACAGAGGAUAUGAUAGCGGAUGUUCUUGGUGUGGAAGUGUUUAGGCAGACAAUUGCAGGAAAUGUACUUGUGGGGAGUUAUUGUGUGUUUUCAAAUAGAGGUGGUAUUGUGCACCCUCACACAUCUGUUGAAGAUUUGGAUGAGCUGUCAACGCUCCUUCAGGUCCCUUUGGUUGCAGGGACGGUUAACCGUGGUAGUGAAGUGAUAGCCGGUGGGUUAACCGUUAAUGACUGGACCGCGUUUUGUGGUUCAGACACUACUGCAACCGAAUUGUCCGUGAUUGAGAAUGUCUUUAAGUUGAGGGAAGCUCGACCUCAGGCUAUUGCUAAUGAGAUGAAGAAAUCAUUGAUUGAUACGUAUGUUUGAAUCGAUUCAAAUGCUUGUUAAUGUUAUGUUAUGUUAUGUUACUUUAUUUUUUUUUGGGCUUAAAAUGAUGUUGACAUUUUCA